AGAUCGCGGAAGUGUGGCGCGGUGUUGUGUUUGGAGUAGAAAGGAUCGCAGAGACGGUUUUUAGUGACGCUUUUCCAUCCGCAGAGACGUUUUUCCGCAAAAACAGAGUCGCAGAUGGAGGACGACGCGCCUGUCAUUUACGGUCUCGAGUUUCAGGCUCGGGCUCUGACGGCGCAGACGGCGGAGACUGACGCCGUCCGCUUCCUCGUAGGGACGCAGUCGCUGAAGUUUGACAACCAGAUCCACAUCAUUGACUUUGAUGAUGAGAAUAACAUCAUUAAUAAGAACGUCCUUCUGCACCAAGCUGGGGAGAUAUGGCACAUCGGCGCCAGUCCUGCAGAUAAGGCUGUGCUUACCACCUGCUAUAACAAAACCAGUGACAGCAGGGUGAUAUCCUGUGCGGCCGUGUGGCGGAUGCCCUCUGACUGGGAGACAGGAAGCCAUGAGUCACCUGACGACUCCGCCCACAACCCCCAAACCCUGGAGCUGCUCUGUCACCUAGACGACAGCACCCACGGCAACGCUGCCUGCGUGCUGUGGGAACCCAUGGGGGACGGCAAGCGCGUGAUUUCAUUGGCUGAUAACCAUGCACUGCUCUGGGACCUGCAGGAGAGCUCCACACAGGCCACGGUCUCCAGCACUGCCACCCUCGAGGGUAAAGGUCAGCUGAAGUUCACCUCCGGCAAGUGGAGCCCCCAUCACAACUGCAGCCAGCUCGCCACAGCCAACGACACGGCCAUACGAGGCUGGGACCUUCGCACCAUGAGUCAGAUCUACUGUAUAGAGAACGCCCAUGGCCAGCUGGUGCGUGACCUGGACUUUAAUCCCAACCGCCAGUACUACCUGGCCAGCUGCGGGGACGACUGCAAGGUCAAGUUCUGGGAUGUCCGCAACGCGCAGGAGCCCGUGAAGACGCUGGAGGAGCACUCGCACUGGGUGUGGAGCGUCCGCUACAACCACAGCCACGACCAGCUGGUGUUGACGGCCAGCAGCGACAGCCGCCUCAUCCUGUCCAACAUGGUGUCCAUCUCCUCAGAGCCGUUUGGACACUUGGUGGAUGACGAGGAGCUCAGCGAGGGGGAGGAGAACCACCAGGAGGACAAGGGUAAGGAGCCGCUGAAAGAUAGCGUGGUGUCCACCUAUGAGGAACAUGAGGACAGCGUGUACGCGGCGGAGUGGUCGUCGGCCGACCCCUGGCUCUUCGCCUCACUCAGUUACGACGGACGCCUCGUCAUCAACAGAGUCCCCCGUGCACUCAAAUACCGCAUCCUGCUCUGAGUGGUGUGUGUGUGUGUGUGUGUGUGUGUGUGUGUGUGUGUGUGGCAGACUGUGUGUUUUGUGUAAUGCUACAAACUUUGUUCAUGUAAAAAUCAUCUGUGCUGCUUGUAAGUAAAAGACAUGUCUGGAUAAA